CUAUCCCCCGCUACUACUUCCGGUUGACUGACAGCAGCUGGUUGUCAUUGUUCUGUCUGUUUUUCUUUCCGGUUGUCGACUUGUGGCAGUGAAGUCCUGUUUUAUUAAGACCAGCGUUUACAAUGGCCAAGUCCAAGAAUCACACCAAUCACAAUCAAAACCAAAAGGCCCACAAAAAUGGAAUCAAGCGUCCCCGCCGUCAACGCAACGAAUCGACCCGUGGUAUGUGCCAGAAAUUCCUGCGCAACCUACGAUUCUCGAAGAAGGGUAACUUGUCUCGGGAAGAAUCCCUGAAGCGUGCUGAGGAGCGCAAGGCGAAAUUCGCCGGUCAGCCAGCACCGGUUAAAUUGUAAACGGUAGGCGCUACGUCCAUUUAUCUACAUUUGAUCCGUGAUCAAUAUUAUGGAAAAAGGAGGGAAAAUCGUUUGUGAGAAUGAUAAAUGCGUUCGAUUUCCGAAAAUAUUCGGAAAAGUGGAACAAACAAUAAACAUGAGUUUUAAAAAAUGAA